UGAAUGUCUUCAUUUUGUUGAGCUAAAAUCAUUGCACUUUUUUCGUCAAGUGAAAAUGUCUCGUGUGCUGAACUGCAUUGUGGCUGUUUGUCCUGAUAUGGGGAUUGGAAAUAACGGGAAUCUACCUUGGCACCCGAAGAGACUCAAUAAUGAAUUUAAGUAUUUCCAGAAGAUGACAAUGACGUCUUCAGUGGAAGGUAAACAGAAUGUUGUCAUCAUGGGGCGGAAGACAUGGUUCUCCCAUUCCAGAGCGAACCGGCCACUCAAGAACGGGAUCAACAUCGUUCUCAGCAGAGAACUUAAGUAA